GAGGUGGGUGAGUGACUCAUGCUGGUGCCCUCCCCACCCCUGCACCCAAAUGCUCAGCCCUCCCCACAGCCGGGGCUCACCUAAUCCCCACAGUGGGAGUCAGGGGGUAUUCACGCCUGUGCCGAGGUCUAGGGUUGCACCGCACUGACUUCACACUCAGCAGCAUGUGCAGCUGAGGCCUCCGUGCAGCCGUCUCCUGCGAGGCGGGCAGCGAGGUCAGCUUGGCAGCCGCCACCUCACCAGCCUGGAUCUGGCCGCAGGCAGCGGUUCCCUAGGACCCGAGGAAAGGAUGGCCGAACAAGAAGCUAGUGGGCUACAGGUCCUGCUGCACACACUUCAGAGCUCCUCCGACAAGAAGUCUAUCCUGACCAUCCUCAAGGUCCUCGGAGAUCUGCUUUCUGUUGGCACAGACCGGAGAAUUCACUACAUGAUCAGCAAGGGUGGCAGUGAGGCUCUUCUGCAGACCCUGGUAGACACAGCGAGGACAGCUUCUCCAGACUAUGACAUCCUCCUGCCUCUCCUCCGGCUGCUGGCCAAAGUUGGCCUGAGAGAUAAAAAGAUUGGACGGAAGGCCCUGGAAUUGGAAGCACUUGAUGUGACAUUGAUUCUGGCCAGGAAGAACUUAUCCCAUGACCAGAACCUCCUUCACUGUCUCUGGGCUCUGCGUGUGUUUGCCUCCAGUGUCUCCAUGGGAGCCAUGCUGGGAAUUAACGGAGCCAUGGAACUGCUUUUCAAGGUUAUUACUCCUUAUACCCAAAAGCGCACCCAAACAAUCAGGGCAGCCACUGAAGUUUUGGCAGUGUUGCUGAAAUCCAAGUCGAACGGCCGCAGGGCAGUGAACCGAGGCUACGUCACCAGCUUGCUCUGGCUGCACCAGGACUGGCACAGCCGUGACACAGCCAACACCUACGUGCAGAUCCGACGGGGCUUGCUGCUCUGCCUCAAGCACAUUUCUGCCCUCCGGUCCGGCAGGGAGGCCUUCCUGGCAGCACAGGGCAUGGAAAUCCUCUUCAGCACCACACAGAACUGCCUGGAUGACAAGAGCAUGGAGCCCGUCAUCUCUGUGGUGCUUCAGAUCCUGAGGCAGUGCUACCCUAAGAGUCCACUUCCCUUAGUCACAGCCAGCAGUGCCUAUGCCUUCCCGGUCCCUGGGCACAUCGCCACUGAACCUCCAUGUGAUCUACCUGAAGAGGAUUUUGAAGAUGACGGCGAUGACGAGGUGGACAAAGACUCUGAUACUGAAGAUGGGAAAGUGGAAGAUGAUGACUUGGAAACAGAUGUGAACAAGCUAACUUCCAAACCUGGUCUUGACCGACCUGAAGAGGAACUGAUGCAAUAUGAGGCGAUGUGUCUUGAGCUCUCCUAUAGCUUUGAGGAACUGGAGUCCAAACCUGGAGGUGAUUUGAACUCUGAGAAGACUCAGUAUGCGAAUCACCACCACAUUCUGACUGCUGCCUCCUCAAAGCAGCACUGCUACAACAAGGACCAAAGCUCCUGUGGACAAGAAAGGGAAGACUCUGUCCGGAGUUCCCUUCUGUGCAUGGUGAAGACACAAAGGUCCACUGUGCAUCUAGGCUCCAAAAGAAAGCCUGGAGUGAACCCGUACCAAAAUGUGCAAUCCAAUAGUCUCGGGAGAGAUUCUUCUGGAAGUGAAAUCCCUGACAUUCAGGCUUCCCUGAAAGCAGAUGCCUGGGACAUAGAUGCAAUUUUCUGCCCAAGGAUGAGUGCCUCCUUUUCUAAUUCCACUAGGACUGGAGAGGCUGUUGAAGUAAUAGAUAAGCUUCUGCAGACACAUCUGAAGUGUGUCCCUUUCCACGAUCCCUAUCUUUAUAUGGCCAAAGCCAGAAGAACCAGCUCUGUGGUGGACUUCAAGAUGGUGGCAUUUCCUGAUGUCUGGGGACACUGUCCCCCUUCCACCACUCAGCCUAUGUUGGAACGCAAAUGUGGAGUCCAAAGGAUCAGGAUAUUUGAGGAUAUUCGAAGGCUCAUCCAGCCAAGUGAUGUUAUAAAUAAAGUUGUCUUCAGUUUAGAUGAGCCUUGGCCUUUGCAAGACAAUGCUUCCAAUUGUUUACAGUUCUUCUCUAAAUUUGAGUCAGGAAAUCUUCGCAAAGCCAUCCAAGUGCGUGAGUUUGAGUAUGACUUGCUGGUCAACGUGGAUGUAAACAGCACCCAGCACCAGCAGUGGUUCUAUUUCAAAGUGAGCGGUAUGCAGGCGGCCGUCCCUUACCACUUCAACAUCAUCAACUGCGAGAAGCCCAACAGCCAGUUUAAUUAUGGGAUGCAGCCCACCCUGUAUUCCGUGAAGGAGGCCCUUCUUGGCAGACCCACCUGGAUACGGACAGGCUAUGAAAUAUGUUACUACAAAAAUCAUUAUCGCCAGAGUACAGCUGCUGCAGGCGGAGCAUCUGGGAAGUGCUACUAUACCCUCACCUUUGCUGUCACCUUCCCACACAAUGAGGAUGUCUGCUACCUGGCCUACCACUAUCCCUACACCUACACAGCCCUCAUGACUCAUCUUGACAUCCUGGAAAAGAGUGUCAACCUCAAAGAGGUCUACUUCCGGCAAGAUGUUCUCUGCCAGACGUUGGGAGGGAAUCCGUGUCCCUUGGUGACCAUCACGGCCAUGCCUGAGUCCAACAGUGAUGAGCAUCUAGAGCAGUUCCGACAUCGUCCAUAUCAGGUGAUCACCGCUCGAGUUCAUCCAGGAGAGAGCAAUGCCAGUUGGGUGAUGAAGGGUACCUUGGAGUUCCUGGUCAGCAGUGACCCUGUGGCUAGGCUCUUGAGGGAAAACUUCAUCUUCAAGAUCAUACCCAUGCUCAACCCAGACGGUGUCAUCAACGGCAACCACAGAUGCUCACUGAGUGGGGAAGAUUUGAACAGACAAUGGCUUUCUCCCAGUGCUCAUCUGCAGCCAACCAUUUACCAUGCAAAAGGCCUCCUCUACCACCUGAGCAGCAUUGGCCGAAGUCCCGUGGUUUUCUGUGACUUCCAUGGCCACUCCCAAAAGAAGAAUGUGUUCCUUUAUGGCUGUAGCAUCAAGGAAACCUUGUGGCAAGCAGCAUGCACUGUAGGCACAUCUACUAUCCUAGAGGAUGUCAACUACAGGACUCUUCCCAAAAUCCUUGAUAAACUAGCACCAGCAUUCACAAUGAGCAGCUGCAGCUUCCUUGUGGAGAAAUCUCGAGCCUCCACGGCCCGGGUGGUGGUGUGGAGAGAGAUGGGGGUGUCCAGAAGCUACACCAUGGAAAGCAGCUACUGUGGUUGCAACCAGGGCCCCUAUCAGGGUCUACAGUUUGGUACCAGAGAACUGGAGGAGAUGGGAGCCAUGUUCUGCUUGGGCCUCCUCAUCCUGGAGCUCAAAUCUGCCAGCUGCAGCCAUCAGCUCCUGGCUCGAGCUGCAACCCUGCUGAGUGCUGAGGAGGAGGCUCUGGACCAGCACCUCCAGCGGUGCAGCAGCAGCAGUGGCAGCGCCCCUUCGGAACUGGAGGAUGAACCUGCCUGCAUGGAGGAGAUUGAUUACAGUACAGACAGCAGCUCAGACCAGGAAGGGAGCUUGUCCGAGCUGGACCGGAGGAUCCAGGAGUGCGCCUCGAAUAAGGAUGAGGGAGAGGAAGAAGAGGAGACACCAGGGCAGGAAGGAGAAGCCAUCCCAUAGGCCCGAGGUUCACAGCAAGUUCUGUGUCUCCAACCAUUGGAUUGGACUAGCAGCUAUGCUACUGCUGCUUCAUCAUCAGACACACAGAGUGUAUAUGUCAGAGAAAAAAGCCAGCCUAUGUGAGCUCAGCAACCCCAUUUCCAGAUUUUUAGUUUCCAUAUGCAUAGAAGCUAGCCACUUUAUAACAUUUUAUAUGUAGAGUUAGGUCCCCUGAGGCCUAUGCAAGCUGCCAUUGUACUUAGAAUGGGACUCAUGGGUAGCCUCAAGAUUACCAUGGAUCCUUUCAAGAUUGUUCUGAGUUAUUCUCCAUUCCUGUGCUUGACUGGAGCAAGCUGGAAGUAGAAGAGUUGGGCUUCUUCUUGGCUUCUCAGUCAGAAUUCUAAGUGGUUAUUUAAGUUGUUCCAUAUAUGAGUAUUAUCUUCCACUGUUAUCUCCCCACCAUAGCAUUUGAGCUCCCCAGAACAAACCACUGAGACUCUGGGGAUCUUGGCAGGGUUUUCAGGUGCUGGGUGCUCGAACAUGAAAAACUGUGCAUCCAAGUAAUUGCAGGCUUCAUCUGUGAUCUUCUCAAGCAGCAUAUAUUUUACAUAUGUGGUACAGGCCAGAAGCUGCACUAGACUCUAAGAAAUAAGACAUGGUCACUGAUCUUCACAGAUUUUAAGAUCAUAUGUACUCAGACCACCAAACAUAAUGCUAGGAAGUAGCAAGACCUACUGGAAAAUUUAUCCAUUUCAGAAUCAGACAGAUAUGGUUCAUAUGCUAGAUCUGGCAGUUGCUUGUUAUGACAACUUAGGCAAGUAAUUAAAUUUUCCCAAACUUCAGUUUUCUUAUAUAUAAAAUGUGGAUAAGCAUAUCUAUAUCAUAAAGUUAUUGUAGGAUGAAAUGAGAUAAUCUAUAAAAGUAUAGCUUAGCAUUUGGUACACAACAACAUCGGCUUAUUUUUCUUCAUAACACAACAGAACAUUCUAUGUAAGAAUUCUGACAGUUAAAAAAAAUUCUCACCAGCCUGGACAACAUGGUGAAACCCAUCUCUACUAAACCCCAUC